AUGCACCCACUCUAUCAUCAUUUACAACUCCCAUGGCAUAUCCAGAGCCUGGAGUCUCCACAGGUCCUGUUGGAACCUCUUUUCCUCGAGCCACCUCUACAGCUCCCUCACCAUUGUCCAGUACCUCAGCUAAUGGCCUCAUCAUGGAACCAUUUACCCUCAACUUCACUAUCAUCAACCUGCCUUUCAGAGAAGACAAGCAGGACCCUGGUGCUAUCUUUUUUGGUUCUGUAGAAAGCAGCAUACAGCAGCUGCUCAAUCCCUUAUUCAUGAAAAGCAGCAUUGGUUGUUACUACUCUGGAUGCAAGCUAAUUUCACUGAGAUCAAUGAAAGGUGGCAGUGCAACUGAUGUGAAUAUUGUAUGCACCCGUUGGCAAGAUCCUGCCAGCCCCUUCCUGGACAGAGAGAAGGUGUACUGGGAGCUGAGCAACCAGACUUAUGGCAUCACCAGGCUGGGACCCUACAAACUCGACAAGGACAGCCUCUACCUCAAUG